AUGCCACGGCCUGCAGCACCUUUGGCUCACGAUACUUGGGUCCUCCGCCGUCUUUUGCGGCUGACGCUGGGUACUAGCGACUUGCUGCCCCUGUCAGACACAACACAAUUUCGAUUCACUACAAGCUCCAACAUACCACUUCAACUUCACCCCAACAACACCGACACGUUGUCUUCCUAUCACCACCCCGAAGCUCACUAUAUCGACAACACCAUUGUCUAUAAGUACAGGUCUCGUCGUCCAGCCAACUCCAAUCGAGAAUAUCAACGCCCACCAACACUCUCGAGGACUCUUUCCUCUACCCAAUCGACCACACCCGCGAGACGAGUUCCAUUCGUUACGCAGGUAGUUCAACCCUCACCACCAACCCCGCGCACGCUGCGCCCUCAUACGUUUACACAAGACACAAUGUGCACCACCGACGUUUACACCUACGUCUACCCCGACGGCCGGAGGGCUGAGGAACAGCAACCCACCUUUUGCUCUGCUUCCCGCAACGGCCGCCUUUGCGCCAACCCUGUCAUCUACAACCACCCGCCGCGUCAAGUCGGCUACCCCUCACCAGUGCCCAUGUAUGCUCCUGUCGGACCAGCAUACCCAUUUCCUCAGCAAAUGCCGCCCUCUCCUCCCAUGAGCUCACCACGCGGAACUUCCUCGGGCAAUGAAGGAGGCCGCGCUCGUCGCGAAUCUUCUUCGAGCGAGAGAAAGCACCGCCAAUCCGGAGUAUACGUGAACGGCCAAAGGAUAUUGGACCUCAACCGCAAGCACCGGUCACGUAACGAGCGCAUCGUGAUUGUCGACUCUCCACCCACCCCGCGCACACCACCAAAGCAAUUCGCUUCACCUUACACCGCGCCGCCUUCACCCAUUGCAGGCGGCGAGAACCCUCAGUUCCGCUACAGCCACGUCCGCCGCGACUCUCUUCGCCCUGUCAUCGUCGAUGAGCGCCCGCGGUCCAAGGUCGAGAUUGAGGUUAUCGACAACAAGCACCGCCGCCACCACUCUUCUGAAUCGCGCCACAGCUACCACAGCGCCGACGAGGAGGAGCGCCGCCGCCGUCACCGAGAUCACAAGGAGCGUGAAGAGCGCAAACGCCAGGAGGAGGAUCGCCAAGUUAAGAAGCAACUACGCAUCGCUGAGCAAAACGCCAAAAUUGCCAGCCGCACCGCCGUACCCGUUCCUCCCGCUCCUUUGAACCGCACCUCUACUGGCUACGGUUCCAGAUACCAAGAGGACUUGUUGGCAGAUGCUCUUCGCCGUAUGGAAGUUGUCGACCAUCUCACGGCAAGAGCUGAGGAUGAGGAAGAAGCCCAGCGCCGCCGACUCAUGGAGCGGAUGACACCCCACCGCCGGGCUACCGUGGGGCCGGGUACACGGAGGCACCGCGUUCUCUACGACGAUGGUCUCUGGCGAUGGGAGUAA